AUGUCGAAAGCAUACAGCAUGGGACGGGUAUUCAUCACAGGCUCCUCGGACGGCCUCGGCCUCAUGGCCGCCAAGAAGCUCGUCGCCAACGGCCAGACCGUCUACCUGCACGCGCGAAACGCCCAACGUGCCGAUGACGCAAGGAAGGCAUGUCCGGGCGCAGCCGACGUCCUCCUCGGCGACCUGUCAUCCAUCAAGGAGACCAAGGCCCUCGCCGAAUCCGUCACCAAGCUCGGGCCGCUCGACUGCAUCUUCCACAACGCGGGCCUGUACCUCGGCCCGUACCGCGCGCAAGCCGAGGGCUACCCCUCCAUGUUCGCGGUCAAUGUCCUGGCGCCGUACAUCCUCACGUGCCUGAUCCCUCUGCCAAAACGUCUCGUGUACACGAGCUCGGACAGCCACUGGGGCGGUAGCACGGAUCUGUCGGACUUCGGGUGGCGCGGGCGCGGCGAGUCGGGCUUCAGCGCCGGCAGUGCCUACGCCGACACCAAGAUCUACAACACCAUGUUCGGGUACGCAUUCGCGCGGCGGUUCGGGCCGCGGGGCACGACGGCGCACUCGGUCGACCCCGGCUGGGUGCCGACCAAGAUGGGCGGCGCAGCGGCGUCGGGCGACAUCAGCGAGAGCGAGCGGCUGUACGUCAUGCUGGCCGAGGGCGCCGGCGAGGCGAAGGGCAAGAACGGAUGCUUUUGGGAGAACGGGAAGAAGGGGCCUGCGCAGUCGAAGAAGGAUGCGUGUGAUGAGGGGGCUCAGGAGGCGUUGUUGAAAAAGCUGGAGGAGGUGACAGGGGUCAAGCUGCCGGAAUGA